GUGACUUCAGUGAUCUCUACGGGCAGUAUAAGGAAAUGCAACAGGUGGAGGAGCGAACAGAAUGGGUCGUCGUCGACUGUAAAUUUGGACUAAAAGAGACAUAAUUCGAUUUUCUGAAUCAUCUCAGAAUAUGUAAAAAUAGGUAUAGAGUUGUCUCGUGUAUUUAUCGUCGUCGCUGGUUGAAUAAUUCUGUUAAAAUGUCCCGAUUUCUCGCUUGUCUUUAUCCAGUCAGCACUGGGUAGAAGAGGUCCACUGGAAGAUAGCGCUGGCCGAGACGCUUGAGGGGCAGGGGAAUACCUGCGAUUACAUUCAUUCUUAGCUUGUCAGAAAGUCAGCUGUCGCAAUGGAUGACACUGGCUUGAGCGAUUCGAACGUGAAGGUCGCUGUUCGCGUUCGACCAAUGAACAGGAGAGAGAAGGACCUGAAGACCAAAUGUGUGGUGGAGAUCGAGGGAAACCAGACGGUCUUGCACCCAGCCAGUGCCAACCUGAGCAAGGGAGACCCCAGGAAUCAGUCUAAGGUUUUUGCUUAUGACUACUGUUUCUGGUCCAUGGAUGAAUCUGAAAAGGACAAGUUUGCAGGUCAAGACAUUGUCUUCCAGUCCCUUGGAGAGAGUCUUCUGGACAAUGCCUUCAUGGGCUAUAAUGCCUGCAUCUUUGCCUACGGACAGACGGGCUCUGGGAAGUCCUACACCAUGAUGGGCUCUGCUGAGCAGCCGGGGCUGAGUCCUCGCCUGUGCAGCGUGCUGUUUGAGCGCACGCUGAGGGAGCAGAGAGAGGGGGAGAGCUUCACCGUGGAGGUCUCAUACAUGGAGAUCUACAACGAGAGGGUCCGCGAUCUCCUCGACCCCAAGGGCAGCCGGCAGACCCUGCGGGUGAGGGAACACAAGGUUCUGGGGCCAUAUGUUGACGGCCUGUCUCGUUUGGCUGUGGCCAGCUACAAGGACAUUGAGUCUCUGAUGUCAGAGGGGAACAAGUCUCGUACCGUGGCUUCCACCAACAUGAACGAGGAGAGCAGUCGCUCCCACGGAGUCUUCAACAUCAUCCUCACGCACACCCUCAUGGACGUCAAGUCUGGGACGAGUGGAGAGAAGGUGAGCAAGCUGAGUCUGGUGGACCUGGCCGGCAGUGAGAGAGCAGCCAAGACUGGAGCAGCAGGGGAGAGGCUGAAGGAGGGCAGCAACAUCAACAAGUCUCUAAGUACCCUGGGGCUGGUGAUCUCAGCGCUGGCGGACCAGGGAGCCGGGAAGAACAAGACCAAGUUUGUUCCCUACCGAGACUCUGUGCUCACCUGGCUACUCAAGGACAGUCUGGGGGGUAACAGUCGGACUGCCAUGAUUGCCACCAUCAGCCCUGCAGCGGACAACUACGACGAGACGCUGUCCACGCUGCGCUACGCCGACCGCGCCAAGAGCAUCGUUAACCACGCGGUCGUCAACGAGGACCCCAACGCUCGCAUCAUCCGGGAGCUGAGGGAGGAGGUGGAUAAGCUGCGAGACCAGCUGACCGAGGCUGAGUCUAUGAAAGCUCCUGAGUUGAAGGAGCGCCUGGAGGAGUCUGAGAAACUGAUCCAUGAGAUGACCAUCACCUGGGAGCAGAAACUGAAGAAGACCGAGGCCAUCGCUCAGGAGCGCCAGAAGCAGCUGGAGAGUCUGGGGAUCUCUCUCCAGUCGUCCGGGAUACGCCUGGUGGACGACAAGUGCUUCCUGGUCAACCUCAACGCUGACCCAGCUCUCAACGAGCUGCUGGUCUACUACCUGAAGGACCACACACGUGUGGGAGCGGCAGAUUCCCAGGACAUCCAGCUGUGUGGCAUGGCUAUCCAGGCCGAACACUGUGUCAUCGACAUCACCGUGGAGACCAGGGUUGUCCUCACCCCUCACCGCAAUGCACGCACCUGUGUGAAUGGGUCUUCAGUCACCAGCCCGGUCCAGCUUCACCAUGGCGACCGCAUCCUCUGGGGCAACAACCACUUCUUCAGGAUCAACCUCCCCAGACAGCUGGCCCGUGCUGGGGCGGAGGAGGAGGAGGGAGCGGGGAUGAGGCCAGGCCUCAGUGUCGACCACCUGGACGUGGAUUUGGACUCGGCCAGCGACGGGUCUAGCGAGGUCAGCUUCAGCUACGAGUUUGCUCAGACCGAGGUCAUGAUGAAGACCAUGGGCAGCAACGACCCCAUGCAGGCUGUGCUGCAGGCUCUGGGGAGGCAGCAUGAGGAGGAGAAGCGCUCGGCGCUGGAGCGCCAGCGGCACAUGUAUGAGACGGAGCUGCAGCAGCUGCGCCGCCGGCUCCACCCAGAGAGGACCGCCGGCCUGGACCUGGCUCCGCCCACCUCCGCCACCGCACCGCCCCCCCCCGCCGCACACAACCGCGUACGCCGCUGGAGCGAGGACAGAGAGGCGAUGAUGACGCGCAGCCUGCGUCGUCUCAGGGAGCAGAUCGUCAGAGCCAACCUGCUGACCCAGGAAGCUGCCUUCAUCUCUGAUGAGCUGGACAAGAAGACCGAGUACCUGGUCACCCUGCAGAUCCCUGCAGCCAACCUGGACGCCAACAGGAAGCGUGACGCAGUGCUGAGUGAGCCGGCGGUGCAGGUGAGGAGGAAGGGGAAGGGCAAGCAGAUCUGGGCCCUGGAGAAGAUGGAGAACCGUCUGGUGGACAUGAGGGAGCUGUACCAGGAGUGGAAGGACAGUGACGAGGACAACCCUGUGAUGCGUUCGUAUUUCCGGCGGGCAGACCCAUUCUUUGACGAGCAGGAGAACCACAGUCUGAUUGGCGUGGCCAAUGUUUUCCUGGCGUGUCUGUUCCACGAUGUCAAGCUGCAGUACGCAGUUCCCAUCAUCAACCAGAAGGGGGAGGUGGCGGGGCGUCUGCAUGUGGAGGUGUGGCGGGGUAGCGAGGGGCUGGAGGAGAACACAGCACAGGACGUAACCGACGGCGACACACAGGAACGCAAGCUGAAGUGUGUGGUGAAGAUCCUGCAGGCCACUGGUCUGCCCCGACACCUGUCCAACUUUGUGUUCUGCCAGUACCACUUCUGGGGGCAGGAGGAGUCCCAGUUCAUCGCCCCAGAGAUGGAGCCCUUGCCCCCCUCGCCCUCCUCCGGCCAGGACCCCCACUGCUCCGUGAUCUUCGACAGCACCAUGGAGCUGGAGGUGGCUGUAUCGGAGGACUUUGUGGAGUUUGUGUCGGAGGGGGCGUUGGCUAUCGAGGUGUUCGGACACAAGCAGGCCAACCACCGCAGGAACCUGGCUCUGUGGGACCUGGGGGUGAUCCAGGCCAAGACACGCUCCCUCAGAGAGAGGUGGAGCGAGGUGACCCGCCGGCUGGAGUUGUGGGUGCAGGUGAUGGAGCUAAGCGAGGCUGGAGAGUUCACCCCUGUGGAGGUCCUGCCUGCCAAGGAUGUUCGCACCGGGGGCAUUUUCCAGCUCAAGCAGGGCCAGUCGAGGCGUGUGCAGGUGGAGGUGAAGGCGGUGCAGGACUCAGGCACCAUGCCUCUCAUCACCGUCUCCGUCCUCGCCGUCUCCAUCGGCAACGUCCAGGUCCGCCAGGCCAGCCAAUCACUGCAGAUGGAGGAGGAUGAGAUGGACAGCUACCAGGAGGAGGACCUGGAGAGACUGAAGCAGCAGUGGCUGGCGACCCUCACUAAGAGACAGGAGUACCUGGACCAGCACCUUCAGAAGAUCGUCUCCAAAGCUGAUAAGUCAGAAGACGACGUGGAGAGGGAGUCCCAGCUGCUGGAGUGUCGUCUGACCCUGACGGAGGAGAGGAACUCUGUCCUGGUGCCUUCUGCUGGCAGCGGCAUCCCUGGAGCCCCCGCAGAGAGAGUUCCUGUCCCUGGGAUGGAGACCCACAUUCCUGUUCUCUUCCUGGACCUCAGCGCUGAUGAUUUCCAGGAGAACCUGUCUGCUCCUCUGGCAGGAGGGCUGGAUGCCCUGCUGAGCAGAGAGGACGAGGACGACUUCUUCGACCUUCAGAUCGUCAGGCACCACGACUCGGAGGUGAAGGCGGAGGCGUCCUGGGACUCUACGGUCCACAGCUGUCCCCAGCUGAGUCGGGCGGGGGCAGCGGACCAGCGCGUGUUCCUGACCGUGCGAGUCGUGGUUCUGCUCAGCCACCCGGCGCCCCUGCAGCUGGUGCUGCGCAAACGCAUCUGCGUCUGCCUCACCGGGCGGCAGGGCUUCGCCCAGAGCCUGCUGAAGAGGAUGUCUAACCGCAGCACGGUCCCUGGCUGUGGGGUCACCUUCGAUAUCGUCUCCAACAUCCCCGGGGAUGUGCAGGCUCCGGAGGACAGGGAGAUGCUGGCCAGGCUGGCUGCCAGCACGGAGGACGGCCAGUCUGCAGACAGCGAGGCGGCCAUAGAGAAGUACCUCCGCAGUAUCCUGGCUGUGGAGAACAUACUGACUCUGGACAGACUCCGACAGGAGGUAACUGUAAAGGAGCAGCUGGUGGUGAAAGGCAAGAUAUCCAGACGUUGUCUCAGCUCUCCCAGUGUACAUCGGCUAUCAGGUAGCAUGCGGGACCUGUCUCUCUCGACACACAGACUGGAUGACUUCAAGGGCUGGGAGAGUCACCAGGAUCUGUCUGUGGUGUCUCAGAGCCGACGUACCCUCCCUGCCUCCUCUCUGCCCCAGGACCAGCACGCUGAGACCGGCCGUUCAGGGUUUGCUGCGUCUUAUUUCCCUCCAGUGCCCAAACUCCUCAAGUCUCUCUUCCAUGGCAAGGAGAAGAGAGAGCAGACUUCCGCCCCUGACCUCGCCCCUGACCCCACCCCUCAACAGAACCUGCCUCGUAUUGUGAUCCAGUCUGCAAGUGUUGAUGAGUUCAUGGAUAGUCAGCAACUGGUCCCCAUAGCGGAAAUCAUACCCCCGGUGUUCCUCUCAGACGCUUUGUCAGCCACGCCCCUCCACUAUGAGGUCAUCACAGAGUCGGAGGACUCCGCCCCCGGACAGUUCAGUGAGGCUUCCAGCGGCUACAUGUCCACCAGUAUUUCCACGGCGACGUUAUCGGACGUUUACACCCUGACGUGGGACACCUCUCCCCCGGCGGGUUCCAGGUCGGAGGUCUUCGACAUGACCAUAAACGGAGGGCACGACCCUCAACCUAGACCGUCAUUGGACGUCUCGAGUCACAUGGAGGCGGCAGCAAGGACCGACCUGUUGACGACAGAAUCUGCUGACCCUGCAGAUCCUGGAUGCUUACCUGCAGCCUCCAGUGCUCCGUCAGAGCCACUGGCCCGGUCUGGCUCAGAUGGCCCCAAACCAGCUAGAUCAAAUCAGUCAAACUGUGUGUCAUCAUCCUCACUGAAUGGGUCAGCACUGGUUCUUUCUGAUGAAGAACCAACAAUACUAUCAGACCCAGUGGUGGACUUGGACCUGGCCAGCAUAGCACCUCCAGGGUCGGAGUCAGUGGUGCCACAGGGCCAGACUAAGAAGCUGGAAGAACCUCCACUUCUGGACCUGCCGGUAGCGACACCAGCAGAACCAGCAAACCAGACAGAUGACAGACAGGCAGAAUCAUCCUCAGUUUCAGUCUCCUCAGCAGCGUGUGAUAAGGCAGGUCCAGAUCAGUCUCUGAUCCUUGCUCCACCAGAGGACCAGGAAGAACCAUCUACCCAGAUCGCAACAGGGCAGGUGGCCCCAGCCUCAACCCUAGCUUCAGCCUCAACCCCAGCUCCAACCUCAUCUCCACCCCAAGCCCCAGCCUCAACCUCAUCUCCACCCCCAGCCUCAGCUCUAGCCUCAUCUCCAGCCUCAACCACAGCCUCAGCUCCAGCCUCAUCUCCACUCCCAGUCUCAACCCCAGCCUCAGCUCCAGCCUCAUCUCCACCCCCAGCCUCAGCUCUAGUCUCAUCUCCAGCCUCAACCCCAGCCUCAGCUCUAGCCUCAUCUUCAGCCUCAACCCCAGCCUCAGCUCCAGCCUCAUCUCCACUCCCAGCCUCAACCCCAGCCUCAGCUCCAGCCUCAUCUCCAGCCUCAACCACAGCCUCAGCUCCAGCCUCAUCUCCACCCCCAGCCUCAGCUCCAGCCUCAUCUCCAGCCUCAACCAAUGCCUCAGCCUCGUCCCAGUCUAACCCCGCCGCAGCGCUGGCUGCGGCCAACCCCUUCAAGAUCCAGAAGGUGAAAACGUCCGAUCUGAAGUCGUUCCACCGCAUCCUGGAUGACGAGGAGCAGGGCGGGAGCGCCAGCAGUCUGGGGGCGGAGCUAUCCGACCCCAUCCAGAGGCUGGAGAUCAUCUCCGACGAGGAGGGCGGGACCUCCAAAGCUGCCACGGUCGCGCCUGAUUGGCUGAAGGUGGGGGAGUUUGUGAUCGUAGGGACCAAUAAGAAUGGAACGGUGCGCUACGUCGGACCUACAGAGUUUGCCGAGGGCACCUGGGUAGGCGUCGAGCUAGACGUGCCAGCAGGGAAGAAUGAUGGGUCAGUGGGCGGCCGACACUACUUCCACUGUAACCCUGGUUACGGGGUGAUGGUGAGGCCUGAUAGGGUGAGCCGCGGGGGAAGUGAGGCAAAGAGGCGGAGACAACAGCAGAAACGGCGCAGUGCCAACCUGUCAGGAUCCAGCCCCAACCUGGCUGCCCUCACCGCAUUGGCCAAAGGGGAGGGUCACGGCGGGACUGCAGCCAGUCGCAAGGGAGAGAACCGCAAGUCCUGGAACAGCUGAGGGCCAAUGACAAGAAAGCUUCUAAAGAACUUCAUGUCUGACUGACAGUUGACAGACAUGACUCUGGCUUACCAGAAAGUUGUAUGUUCGUUAGAAUGUUCCACGGGCAAUCUCCCCGCCAGGAGAAUGCAGUGGACCAGUCAAGUCAACCUGUCAAGUGCUGUUGACAGAGUGAAUGUGCCUUAUACUGUUGGAGAACUGGACAUUCUCUGUGGAGGUAUGAAUUUACUGCUAUGUAUUGUAAGUUUGCAGCUGUAUUUUAAGGACUUAGCACACUACUGAUAAUGAUACUGCUGAAUAUCACUUAGAUUUGUAUCCUGUUUGAAUCAGGGGUUAUGAACCGGGGAGGGAUGUGAUUGUAAACAGAAGGGAGGUGUAGUUUAAUGGUAUGAAUGGGAAGAAAAACCAUUGUGUAAUUUAUGUAGUGGGAUACUUGGGCUUGUUUUUAAUGUGAUUUGGGAUCUCAAGGUAUUGGCAUAGAUACUGUACACUACCAUAAGAAAAUCUUUUUUUUUUUACCCUGUGUUCAAUCUUAGACAGCAUAAAUGUUUAUUUAUUAAUGGCAAUUUCAAAAGUAUCUUUCAAGACUUUUAUAUCAAUUUGAAACUUUUAAAUAAACUUUAUACUGUUCAAGUUUUA